GCUAUUUUCAGUAAAUUGGUAAGUCUGUAAGUACAGAAGUAAUAUAGUACCGGUAAGACCCGGAUAAGCUAUAGACUAGCGUUUUAAAAAAAACUGGACAGCGAUUUCGCCCAUCAUCACAUCACUAUAGUCUGAUAGUACGGUAUAGGCUCGGGCAUGGCUUCUGCUACGGAUUUGCCUCAGGAAUUAUGUUAUGAUCCAAUGUCUUUUGUUGUUCUUACUGGAUUGGAUAUAAAAUACAAUGCUAUUCACAAGUCUAUAUGGGAUGCUUUCAGCAAUAACAGACGAGCUGACAGAGUUCCAAUAUCUUUUGGUUGUCUUCCUGGGGAUCAUUGUUAUCCAAGAUCCAAAGAUAAAAGAACAUCUUAUGAGUGGUAUAUACCUAAGGGAAUUUUGAAAACAAAAUGGAUGGAUAAACAUUUGCAUCAAGUACCUGCUGUUGUUGUUAUCUAUUAUGAAUUGGAUUGGGAUGAACCUGCAUGGAGAGAGAAGCAAAUGGAAUGUGCAUCUCGUGUUGAAGUUGUACGAACAAGCUUGCAGGGACGAGGAACAAAGGUUGCUGUUGUACUUAUACAGAAGAGCACUCCAUUGCCCCCAGGUGAAGAUAUGGUUGCUGCAGAACGAGCUGCCGCACUUUGCAGUGCUUGUGAUCUAUCAGCCAAAUCAUUGUUUGUGCUUCCUCAUACUGAUCAUCUAUUAGGAUAUAUUAUAAGACUUGAAAAUGCUUUCUAUGAGUUGGCAAACAGUUACUAUCACACUGAAGCUAGAAGAGUGAAAGCUCACAAGGAAUUCCUGAACAAAACAACUCAUCAACUUUUAUUUGUGAGGCAUCAGUUUAAAAUUGGAUUCUUCAACGAAUUAAUGCAAGAUCCAGCAAAUGCCCUUAAACAUUAUAGACAAGCUUAUACCCACAUUCAUGAGUUGCGAUCACAUGAUACAAAUAAUCUUGAAGUCAAAGUCAUGGGAGGAUUUGUCAACUACAAGAUAUGUCGAUUGUGCUUCCUGAGACUCAAUAUGCCGCUUGAAGCUAUAUCUCAAUUUCGUCGACACGUUGAUUCCUUCAAACCAAAGGCUGGCAAUGAAGAGCUCAUGUUUGAGCACAGCGCAUGGAUGAGUAAACAGUUUACUGUAUUUGGAGAUUUAUUUGAUGAAGCAAUCAAAGCUGGUUUAGCCGCUAUACAAACGCAACAUCCAGGUUUUUAUUAUCAGCAAGCUGCAUACUAUGCUCAGGAAAGACGCACUCAUGCAAAAAGCUUGUGCUCUGUAGCCACUGAACAAGAAUAUCCAUCAAAUGAUCCACUGGAUACUAGUGGCCAACCACUGGAUUUUUAUGGACAACGACCUUGGAGACAAGGCCAUCAAAGCAUUGAUCCUCCAGAUGCAAAUAAAGAAAAAGAUGGAAUUUUGGCACUCAAGCAUCAAGAAGCCACCAUUGAUCAUUCAUGGGUGAUUAUUCCUCUGUUAAGCAGUGCUGUAGCACAGUUUAAGAAAUAUAAGUGUCCACGUAUGAAGAGAUUUCUUACUGUGCAAAUGGGGGAAGAAUAUUAUCAUGCACAAGAUUAUGCCAAGGCAUCCACACUGUUUGGAUUUACUGUGUGGGAUUACAGAGGCAACAAAUGGUGGGAUGUCUUCAACCGUAUACUAAUCCUGACUUUGAGAUGUACUUACUUGAUUGCAAAUGUUCAACAAUACAUAACAACAUGUGUUGAGUUGCUGGGUCCAGAUUCAAGAGUAGAAGAAAAGGAAAAAACAAGAAUACAAAUGAAUUUGAUUCGUGUCAUAUCAGGCAAAGUGCCUGAUCCUGAACCACUAACUCCACUGGAUAAAUACGAAGAAGUAGGAGCAGAGAGUGAUCAUGUGGAGGCAUUGGAAGCAGCAAAACAUCUGUGGGCCAAAGCAAUGUCUGAUCCUAAAGUGUAUAAUAUAGAACUGAACAACCUUGCACCAUUUGUAGAAUGCAAAACAAGUUUCAGUUCAGCCAACUGCAACGCAAAUGAGGCAGUAGUUCUUCAUAUAUACUUACGAACAAGUUGUCCGUUUCCUAUACGAUUUUCACAGCUUUCAGUGUCACUAGGAAAACAAGUUUAUGAUGAAUACUGUGUGAUAGUCGAUUCGACUUUGAAGCAAAAUGCAGAAGGGCAGUCCGAACUUGGAGAUCUGUAUUUCGAACCAAACAAGUUCAAACAUCUUUCAUUUUCACUUCCACCAGAUCAAUCAGAUGUUGGUAAAUCUGUCCAAGUUAAAUCGAUUAUUUUGAAGCUUGGUGGAGAUGAAGGCGCCAAUGUAGCUAUCCUUAGUUGGAACAUAGCGGAACAACUUGCUGUUCAAGAUUUUUCGAUGCCUAUUAUGAGCACUAAGAAAUUGUUACAAAUAAAUGCACAAGCAGUUGUGGAAAGAUGGUCGGAUAUAGUCCAAAUUCAAUCGUGCAAUAUACUACAUCGUCCACCUCUCAUUGAAGUUGAUAUCAGUCACAAUGCACCUGCUUUGAUCAAUGAAGUUUACAGAAUCAGAAUAACUGUGAAGUCAAAUGAAAAAGAAUUAGUAGAAAAUGUUCGGGCUAUUGUGCGACUGGAGGCUGGCCAAUCUGAUGAAAUAAUUCAUUCUACAUUUCUUGCGCUCGAUUCAUCUUCUGUGCUUUCAUGUCCAUCUACAAAAGCUCUCGAAAUUGAGUUCAGUAAUUUAUCCUCAGAUGAACAAGUCAUGAGGGAUGUUUAUGUGCAUGCUAUUAAAUUCGGAACAAGAAGAUUCUCUGCUCAAGUCACAUAUGACGUUUUCGAUGAAGUGAUUGUACAGAAAACAGAAAAGAUCGCUCAUAAAACCCGUUGCUCUUGUUUUAUUGAAAAGUCUGUGUCUUUUGAUGCUGUACCUGCAUUCGAGUUGACGUCGAAGUUAACAGGACCAGAUUUUGAUUCGUUUAAGCAUGUGCGUCCUGGAGGCACUUUUAUGGCAGCGAUCAAACUUCAAUGUCAAUCUCCAUGGCCAAUUGAGAUAGACUCUGGAAGCAUUGAGAUGAAGAGCCAGGUGAUCACUACUGCGAAUGGUAUAAAAUCGAAUACUUUGACAGGCAUUGUAUUGGAAGAAGGUGAAUGUGCGAGUGAUAUUAUGUGCCUUUGUUGUAAAGAAGAUGUAUUGUUCGAAGUGAUGCAUGGAAUAGCAGUUGGAAAAUACUCUGUACAAUGGAGAAGGUGCCUCAGUGAGAAAGAGUCGCUGCCUUUUGUUUCGUCAUCUGUACAGCUUCCUACUGCAACAAUAAAAAAAUUUCCUUUGCAAUUGGAAGUAAAGUCGCCUGCUAAUGGAAAAGUUCGUGAUGCAAUGUUGAUUUCCUACAAGCUACUCAAUUGCUCUGAUGAACCGAGAGAGUUAGAAGUUUUAUGCGAAGUCGCAGAAAAUUUUAUGUUUUCUGGGGUCAAGCUGCAACGAUGUUGCAUUUUGCCAGGAUCAGAUGUCACCCUAACAUACGGACUGUACCCACUGGCUGCAGGUUUCCAAUCACUCCCAAUAUUUCGUGUACGGGAAAUACCUCCGACAGGGCAUGAGGUCGGACAGUCAAGUGAUGAUGACAUUUUGUCGUGCUCAUAUCUGAAAGGUUGUAUCCCUACAACAAUAUUCGUGAAGCCAGCAGACAAAAUAUAGUUGAUUUCUUGUUUAUGAAGUACGUGCAAUUCUCUGUUGUUUGAUUGUGUAGUACUAGUAGACCAGUAAAUCUGAACAGGCUGGCUGCAAGCGUAAAAUAGAUUAUUGCAAUCGAAAAUGUAAUAAUUCUACAAGAUACCCAUGAAUUGGCAUACUGAUAAUAAAGGCCUCUAGAUGUAUCAUCGACUAUUUAUAGCCAUUUGACUAUGGUGAUGUUGUUAUCCAAUAAUCUCCCUGCUUAACUAGCAACAGUACUGCAUAAAUUUUAGUCCAUUGUUCAUGUUGAUUUGUACUGACUAAAUUAAGGAAAAAUUUAUUGCACAUGUUAUCACAAUGAUUCGAUGAAUAUAUAUUUAUUAGAUUAUUUGUUUUUCCCAACCAUAUCAGGCUUUUAGUAAUUAAAAAUGAAACAAUACUGUUAA